UGCAACGAAUUGACAUCAAAUUAAUCGAGUUAAAGUUGACGUAUACUGUAUAAUAAUUAUCCAUCAAAACGGCGGGUCGAAGCAACAUGCGUCGUCCCCGAGACGGGUAUUCUUACCAGCCACUUCCUAGGGUCACAACAGAGGAUGCACUUGAAAAUGACAACGACAGAAUGGCUGAAGAACUCAGCGGGAAGAUAAGUACAUUAAAGCAUAUGUCAAUACAAAUUGGCGAUGAAGUUCGUUAUCAAGACAAGAUGCUGCGUGGGCUCGAUGAUGAUGUUGAUAGGAGUUCUGGGUUCCUUGGCAAAACAAUGGGUCGAGUUCUCAAACUUGGAAAAGGGAAUCAUAACUACUAUAUAUUUUAUUUAUUUAUAUUUUCAAUAUUUGUUUUCUUUGUGUUAUAUAUAGUUCUUAAAUUUAGGUGAUCUAAAUCUAUAUCAUUGUUUUCAUUCCCAAGAUUGAAAAAAUAUUAAUCUAUUGUAAAUAAUUGUGUAAAAUAAUAUAAAU